UCCCCUCUGCCGUGCCUCUGGGUUCAGUCUGCCGCCGUUUUUUCUACUUACUACCACUACGUUCAUUCUCUUGUCGAGUUCCCUUCGGUGGAGAAUCCUGACGUCGCCGUCAGCCUCCCUGGCUUGCCGACGCUAAGGCCCGAUGAGCUUCCAACCUUCAUGCUCCCCUCCAACCCGUACAAGUCUCUCACGGAGGUAAUCUUAUCCCAGUUCAGAAACAUACAGAAAGCCAACUGGGUGCUCCUCAACUCGUUCCAAGAGCUCGAGCACGACGCCAUCAAAUCUCUCUCCGACAAGCUACCGCUGAUCCCCGUCGGGCCUCUCGUCGAUGACAACUCGAAUUCAGAAAUCAACGGGGAUCUAUGGAAAUCAGCGGAUGACUGCGUUCAGUGGCUGGAUAUACAGCUGCCGAAUUCAGUCGUUUACGUUUCUUUAGGCAGCGUCGUGAGACUAACAGAGACCGAGAUGACCGAGAUGGCGAACGGCCUACUUAACUGCGGCCGGCCAUUUCUCUGGGUCGUUCGCGACGACUGUCGAAAACUUCUGCCGGCAGAAAUUAUGGAGAGGGUAAAAGAUAGCAACGGAAUGUUGGUAUCCUGGAGCCCGCAGGAAAAAGUGCUGUCGCACAGAUCAUCGGGUUGUUUCUUGACCCACUGUGGAUGGAAUUCGACGCUGGAGGCUUUGACGGCUGGCUGUGGGGUUAAGGUCCUCAAGCUUCUUCAGAUGACUGGUUCGGGAGCCUGCUCUUGCACACGAAGAACUCGUGAGGGGCCGGAGUUGGGCUUUCUGGUCGUUCCUCGGAUGAUCAAGUCAGUACAUGAACUUGAGUGGAAAAUUGUGAGAUGA